AUGUCCUGCCAGCAGAGCCAACAGCAGUGCCAGCCCCCUCCCAAGUGCAUCCCCAAGUGCCCUGUCCCUAAAUGCCCCCCCAAGUGCCCUCCAGUGUCUUCCUGCUGCAGUGUCAGCUCUGGGGGCUGCUGCAGUUCUGGGGGAGGUGGCUGCUGCCUGAGCCACCACAGGUGCCGCAGGUCUCACCGCCACAGACCCCAGAGCUCUGACUGCUGCAGCCAGCCCUCGGGGCUCCAGCUGCUGUGGAGGGGGCUCCAGCUGCUGUGGAGGGGGCAGCGGCCAGCACUCUGGAGGCUGCUGCUGAAGUGGACCCUGUGCCUAGAAGAGCACAAAUGGCCAAAUAUUUCCCUCUCCCCUUCCUUCUCCUUCUGA